CCACACAGAUAUAGUCCUUUCUUCUUUUUGUUUUCUAGAGUUAUGGCUGAAUCUAAAAUCUCUAUCAAAGUGUAUGUUGACAAAGUGAAAAAGAGAGUGGUGUACGCUGAAGCUGAUUACACUUUUGUUGACAUUCUAUUCAGCUUCAUGACACUGCCCAUGGGUACAAUUGUCAAAAUAUUGGGGAAACAUGCUGAUACGAAGUUUGAGGUUCUUGGUAGCUUGAACAAUCUGUACAAAAGUCUGAAAGAUUUUCCUGAGUGUUACCUUGCUACAGAAGAAUGCAAAUUUCUGCUUCUUAACCCCAGAAAUCUGGCACACGAUCUCUGCAGAAAUCUUAAACUUAAAAUAGAUGACACAGAUGAGCCCAUUAAAUAUUUCGUAUGUCCAAAAUGCAGUUACUUGAGUAAGUUAUACAGUAUAUUCGAUAGAGCUAAAUGCAGCAAAUGUAGCGAGUUGAUGAAUGAGCACUUUUCCCGGGAUCAUAAUGUUGCUUCUGGUGGCGGUGGCGUGUUUGUUUCCGAUAUUUCAACUUUUAUUGUCACUGAUGAUUUUUCUGUGAUGCCUUAUACGGCGACGGGGAGCUUUUGCUUGCUUGCAGAUCUUGGAAUCACUGACACGAACCAACUGGAGGAGAGAAAAUUAGAUUUGGGAUGUGAACAGAUGCUAUAUCUUCUAAAAAUGGCUCUAUCACAUGGUUCUCCGUUCACACGUUUAGUUUUUCAUAGUGUUACUCCUAUCUUGGAUUUAGUUCGUCCUGUACAAUGUACUACCUUUGAUAAGUGUGAUGUAAUGAAAAAACAAGCUUCUACAAGCCUAAAGAUGCUUCUAGACGUUUCAUUGCAAAAGUCAACUGGAAGGUUCUUAUUUGCAGAAGCCAAAGAAGAUUUUGUCGACUUUCUCUUCAGUUUUUUAUCAAUUCCAUUAGGUACAGUAAUUGGAACCUUGAUGGAAGGGGCUUCUUCUAUUAUUUGUAUGGAUAAUACUUUCAAAAGCAUAUCCAAUAUGAGUGUAGGAAGAUACCUCAAGUCACAAGAUAUCAAAGAUUUGUUAGUUAAACCACACUUUGGACAAGAUUAUACUUCACAAAACCAGGCCUUUCCAUUAAAAGGCACCAUUAGUUCACUUAAGCUCAAUUUUUGUGGCAUUACUUCUACUUAUCUACCUAAAGAUCCAAGGAUAAAAGAAGUCUUUCUAAAGCAAUCUGGUAGGUUUUUUGUUACCGAUGAUUUGGUCAUUUCCCCUGCAUCGUCGCAUUUGGCAAUGAAUAUUCUCAACAAGUUGAAAGUUUCGUUCUACGAUGUCGAGAAAUAUGAGAUUAGCCUUGGAUUGGAAGAGGGUUUAAGAAUGCUGAAAGCAUCGCUACUAUCUGGGUCGACAUUAUCUGAUAGCCUUGCACAUCAACUGAAGAAGUGAUUGGCAUGGAAUCUUUAUGUGUUUUCAGUUAAAUUGUGUUGUUUUGGUUAUAAUAUAUGGCAUUUAACUGUACCGCGUACUGUGUUUAAAAAUGUCUUUUUGGUUAUAUCUGGUAUUUAAA